UAUCUAUCUAUCUAAUAUUUUGCAGGGAUGGGCCGAGUACCUACGAAGGGCGUAAAGUGGCUGUGGUGGUGGCGGGUAGUGGCGGUGGUGGUGGUGGUGAUGGUGGUGGUGGUGGUGGGUCCGUGGAGACAGAGGUACUCAGAACACCUAUUGAGAUCAUUAAAGGGGCCCUUACCUGCCGACGACCCUGAGUUGCUUCAUUAUCUUCGACAGGAGGUACUGGAGCCGCCCUCUGGUGAACCUUACAAGCCUGGCACGGAUUUGCUAAGGAUCCAAGUGCCUAGUGUUGCCUUCUACAGUGACAGUGUUGAGGGUCUGUUUGGUGAUGAGCGCGGCGGCUUCUUCGUGGAGGCGGGGGCGCUGGACGGCGAGAGCAUGUCCAACACGCUGUGGCUGGAGCGGGAGCGAGGCUGGACGGGGCUGCUGGUGGAGGCUGACCACGCCGCCUUCCUCGCCCUCAGGGACAAGCGGCGCAGGGCGUGGGCGGCCAACGUAUGCCUGGCGCCCACGCCCUACCCAGCCAGGGCCGCCUUCCGCACCAGCAGCCAGCCCACCAGUAUAGGCUUCAUCACUGACAUCAAGCACCGCGCCAUGAACAGCCUGGUGGAGUUUGCCGACGAAAAGGUGAUUAGGAGUUUGCCGACGAACAGGUGAUUAGGUACUAUAUUCUGCACCACGCCGCCUCCACCUCUCUCCACAGGCUCUAGUUGAAGUUGUAAUGGUCUUUAAAGGUAUUUUUGCGGUUUUAGUGGCAGAUUAACGAGAUUUCUACAUUACUAAAAGGAUAAGCAGUCUUGAGAACCCGCUAAUCAUCCUUGUGGCCUUUGAAAGUAGUCUUAGUGAUAGAUCAAAGCUUUUUACUGAAUACGAGCAUAGGUCAUUAAGUGGUUGGGCUGUUAGGUAGGUUUGUCACGUGAUUCUUGCCUGACUUCCUGGGUUCGAAUCCUCACUGGGUCUC